GCUGACAGCAGCGAAGCAAAUACGUGUUUUCACAGUUUUUAAAACUUCAAAUACAUGACAAGAUACGAUUUUGAAGAGAAAUUUCAUACAUGGAUAAGUAAUUGUACAUACCGUUUUCGAUUACCCUGCAUUAUGUCGUUUGAAGAUUCGUGGAGUUUGACAGGUACUAUUGGACAACAACAACAACGAGAGUGCCAUCAACAUCUUCGAUGCUAUGACAACGUGACAUCAAAUUUCACCAGUUCGUGAAGGAUUACUAAGUUCCAGAUAACCUCUGACAUGGCGGCUCUGCUGGGAAGGAAGUUUUGUAUGGAAAGUCUACAGACUGAUGUCAGUGAUCUGCAGGCUGCCGUCAACGAUGUGUUCUCGCGUGUGGGACCUGUCCGCUAUCCCUCCUGGAAAUACCCGGACAGGAUGUCAUGUGAUCUGGAUGUAGAAGAAUUAUUGGAUGUGCACAGUUAUUCUGCAGAAAACACUGAUGAAGAAAGGCAGAUGUCACACGUGGUACUAUAUGAACUGGUCAUAGAUAGGUUGGUUUUGCUUCUUCAGGGUAUGUCUAAAUACCUGGAAAACCUACUUCUGCUGGGGAAAAGCCCAGCUGGGGUAGAUCCGCCCUCGAGCACCUCUGUGGGGCUUGUAGUUAAGAGGUACUGGAAACGUCUGGUACAGGUUCAUGCCCUCUGCACACAGCUGAACUCUGAGUGCCGAAGCAAAGAGCGAAAGAUUUCUGAUCUUCAGGAGUCAGUAUUGAAUUUAUCAGACGAAUCCUGUAGUAUACAAAAGGAUGAAGGCAAUCGCAGCACGAUAGGAUUUGGGGGGCUAAUCCCUCCUAGUUCUGCUGAAAUACGCUCUGUGAUUGGAUCGCCGAUAUCACAUGACUGCUGCCACAAAUCAUCACAGACAUUAGAGACUGCCUUUGUCCCAUGCGAAUCUUGUUUUUAUGUCCAGAAAAGUUUGCGCGAAUCUGGUGAUACUAUUAUUAACAUGUGUCAGUCCCAGAGCCUUCCUUCAUCACUGCUCAAGUUCAAACCUCAUGUGGAGGGCAAUGAUUGGCUGACAGCAAAUGAAGUCAGCCAGUGGAACUCUGAGCAGAUCAAAGACUUAAAAAGAAUCAAUAAACAUUUGGACCAGCUUUUUGCCAAUGCUGAAAGUCUGAAAAGCGAUUUGGAUAAAUCAAAUAGAAAAUGUGAACAGCUACAAGAGAAGGUGAAAAAUGGUGAGAAAGAGGUGAAGCUAGAGAAAGAAACGCAGCAUGGCAUGGCAGUUCAGUUUGAAGCCAAACUCAGCAGCUUGAAAACAGAACAUUCAGAAGCUUUGUCUAUUGCCCAAGAAGAAAAGAGCAAGUUGGAGGAGACUCAAGAAGACAUGAAGUCCCAGCUUGAUAAAUAUAAGGAUGAGCUCACAGAUCAGAAAAAGCUGCUAGAAAAAAUGAAGGAAACCCACUGUGAGUUGGAGAAGGAGCUAGAGUCUGCUCGCACAGGGUCAGUCAGCAUCCAGACUCUACAAGGUCAGAUUAUCAGUUUGACCUCUCAGCUAGAUGAAGUGACCAGUCAGCUGGACGUGAAGAACAAAGACCUGGCUAAAGAACAAGGCAAGAACAGGAGUGCGGCCAAACAUAGCCAGUCAUUACAGUCAAAGCAAGGCUCACUGUUACAGCGCCUGGAGGAGAUGGGUCAGGAGAAUGAGGAUCUGAGGAGUGAGUUGUCAGAGCUGGAGGAAACCAAGGAGGGUCUAGAGGAGGCCCUCCACGCCACCAAAAAGCAACUGACUGACCUCACAACCAAAUCGAAGGAAGACCAGCUGCUCAUCACAAGGUUAGGAGAGGAGAAAUCCAAGUUACAGAGGUCAGUAGAAGAGACAGAGAAAUGUCUCCAAGGCCUGGAGAGUAAACUGGAGGAAGCCAAAGAACAGCAGAGAUUGUUGGUGGAGUUCCCAGACCUUAAUGGACCAGUCAACCAAAACAUACAAGGUAGCGGAGAUUUGGUGCAGGAUAUGGAGAACCAAAUUGAGGCUAAUAAUCUUCGUAUCCGUGUUUUGGAGGAACAGAAUGAGGCGUUUCGAAACUCUGUCCGAAAAAUGUUGGAAUCCAGGGACAACAGACGCCCACCUGCUCAGCCUGUCCCUCUGUGGAAACAGAGCAGCCUGGACACAUUAAGAGAGGACCCAGAAUCACACAGAGGUCACACUGUCCAGUACAAAACAGCCUGGGCUGUACCCGAGGGAAACCAAUCAUCAUCCAGUAAUCAUGGCGGUCUGAAACAGAAAAGCAUGUCGAGACAGACCCAAAACUCGACUCUGCCGUCAAACACCGAAAACUUUCUUGUUGGUCGUUCUGGGCGGCCUUCUAGUGGCAAGUCAGGAAGUGCCAGUGUGGGUGUCUACAAACAGUUGAAGAAUUCUGGAAAAAUGGCUAACACUUCUUCACGCAAUUCUGGGCAAGAAGUGCCAAAGUCAGGGAGGUCAGAUAAGAGCAACAAGUCAUCUACGUACGCUCCGGUGGACACUUUUACCUGUACACUGUGUGACAAGGUGUACUCACGGCAGAGAGAUCUGGACAUACACAAGUCCUACUGUACAGGCUAGUGACAAGUCAUCUUUAUACACCCCAGUGGACACUUUUACCUGUACACUGUGUGACAAGGUGUACUCACGACAGAGAGAUCUGGGCAUACACAAGUCCUACUGUACAGGCUAGUGACAGGUCAUCUUUAUACACCCCAGUGGACACUUUUACCUGUACACUGUGUGACAAGGUGUACUCACGACAGAGAGAUCUGGGCAUACACAAGUCCUACUGUACAGGCUAGUGACAGGUCAUCUGCGUACACCCCAGUGGACAUUUUCACAUGUACACUGUAUGACAAGGUGUACUCACGACAGAGAGAUCUGGACAUACACAAGUCCUACUGUACAGGCUAGUGACAGGUCAUCUAUAUAUACCCCAGUCGACACUUUCACCUGUACACUGUGUGACAAGGUGUACUCAGGACAGAGACAUCUGGACUUACACAAGUCCUGCUGUAAAGGCUAGUGACAAGUCAUCUAUAUACACCCCAGUGGACACUUUCACCUGUACUCUCUGUGACAAGGUGUACUCACGACAGAGAGAUCUGGACA